AUGUCUAUUGCAUUGGCCCCGUCUACAAUGCAUCAUGCUUUCCACAGUUCAGCAGCAACAAUCACGCUGGUCCAUGGGGAAAAUCUUCGCGAUCUCGGUCUCGCCUUAGCCAAUCGCGGUCUUAGACAUGCACAGCAUUCGCCUCUCGUUGCCCGUGGGCCCCAUUAUGGCUUCAAAGACGAACAUAUCCAGACCUUAGAAGCUGCCUUGAAGGUUAUACCCAUACUAGCCAGCUACACUCCCGUACAACGCUUCUCUAACCCAACACUAUGGCACGAUGACCUUCACCUGGGCAAUAUAUUCGUUUGCGACAACGACCCCACAAUCAGCCGGCCAUCUUUCCUUUGCCCUCCGGACAACUACCAAAUCGGGAUGAUCAAACCAGAGCUACCCCCCGAUUUCGAGGAAAUGGACUCAGAUGAGAAAGCGUUCGCGAUAACAGAGAGAGAUGAAGCGUUGCUGGCGAAGUACCCGGCAGUGUUUACUUGCUGUGAGAAUACGUCCAAGGAUGUGAUCAUACCUCUUCGUGAUUCUCUGGUGUACAUUUCUGAAAAUUGGGGCCAGAUGGGUCUGCCUCAUGACUGUCCUUACCAAGUCUCAAAUGACGAGUUAUUAAAGCACGCACUUGAGCUUGCUAGGUACAGGGAUUUGCAUAAACUAAAGUCGUACACCCAAGAGUUUUUGCAGUCAGAUGAUGAUGGCUGGGUCCCCCCUCAGCUUGACUUUAAGAAGGUUGAAGCGAGACACGCGGAGCUAUUCCAGCUUUACAUCCAGAAAGAAACUGAAGAAAUUACGGAAGAGGAGGCAAAGAAACUUUGGUUUUAUGUCGACAGAGGAUCAGGUUAAAUGACCCUACAGACCAGCAGAUCUUAAA